AGGGUUGUUUGGAUGGAUUGACAUUUAAUAACGCACAUGUGACUUUAUGUCUUUCUCCCAACUUCCUGCAUUCUUCAGCUCUUUCCAUUCCUUCCUGCCUUCCUCGUUUCUCACUCUAAACAAAUUUGGAUUCACUCACUAUACCCUCUUUCCCAGAUCUCUCUCUCUCUCUCUCUCUCUCUCUCUCUCUCUCUCUCAAAGACACAACAAUUUAUCCUCUUCUGACAACCUUUUUCAGACACCAUUGUUGUUGCCACUCACCACUUCCAUUGUGGUUUCAAAGUUGAAGAAGUUGAAGGAUAAAGCAAUGCAAAAUAUGCUAUGUUAAGAUAAUCGGAAAGUAAAAUGAUCAUUGAUAUGCCAGCAUCCAUGGCUGAAAAUACUAGGAACAACUAUGCUGCUGCUAACAAUGCUGAUGAUUAUGAUAGUGAUAGGUCAAAUUUGGCACCACGCACACCAUCAACUCUGUCUAUGGCUGUUCCAGCUGAACUCGCUGGAGCUAUACCCUUGAUCGACAAAUUUCAGGUGGAUGGAUUUUUAAAGCUGAUGCAUAAACAAAUUCAAUCUUCUGGAAAACGUGGAUUUUUUUCUAAAAGAUCUUCAGAUCCCCAAGCUCGUGAAAAAUUUACAUUUGAGGACAUGCUGUCUUUUCAAAAGGAUCCAAUACCAACUGCAUUGCUUAAGAUUAAUGGCGAUUUAGUAAGUCGGGCGACAAAAUUAUUCCAGAUAAUUUUGAAGUAUACUGGAGUUGAUUCAUCCGAUUGUGCCACUCCAUUAAGCUUAGAUGAACGAGUUGAGCUUGUUGGGAAACUAUAUAAGCAAAGUUUGAAACGUGCAGAACUCCGCGAUGAGCUUUUUGUUCAGAUAUCAAAACAAACAAGAAACAACCCUGACAGGCAAUACUUGAUCAAAGCAUGGGAGCUUAUGUAUGUAUGUGCAUCCUCCAUGUCUCCUAGCAAAGACAUUGCGGUUUAUCUGUCAGAAUACAUUCAGAACAUAGCACAUGGUGUAGCAACUGAUUCUGAGAUCCAAACCCUUGCACUAAAUACGUUGAAUGCUUUGAAGCGUUCUGUUAAGGCUGGCCCUAGACAUAUAAUACCUGGGCGAGAGGAGAUUGAAGCUUUGUUGACUGGGAGAAAGCUUACAAAUAUAGUGUUCUUCUUAGAUGAAACAUUUGAAGAAAUUACAUAUGACAUGUCAACAACAGUUGCCGACGCUGUUGAGGAACUUGCAGGGCUCAUUAAACUGUCGGUUUACUCUAGCUUUAGUUUGUUUGAAUAUCGUAAAGUUGUUACAAGUUCCAAAUCAUCUGAUCCUGGUAAUGAGGAGUACAUCGGGAUAGAUGAUAACAAAUAUAUUGGGGAUCUUCUGGAGGAAUUUAAAGCAGCAAAAGAUCGAAGUAAGGGAGAAAUCUUGCACUGUAAACUGGUAUUCAAGAAAAAGCUAUUUCGUGAGUCAGAUGAAGCUGUGACGGAUCCAAUGUUUCUGCAGUUGUCCUAUGUACAAUUGCAACAUGAUUAUAUUUUGGGUAAUUACCCUGUUGGAAAAGAUGAUGCUGCUCAGCUUUCUGCAUUACAAAUCUUGGCUGAGAUUGGAUCUGUUAGCACACCCGAAACAUGCGCUAACUGGAAUUCACAUCUGGAGCGAUUCCUUCCUAGACAACUUUCAAUGACACGAGCAAAACGUGAAUGGGAGUUUGAUAUUAUAUCUCGAUAUCAUUCAUUGGAGCAUCUGACAAAAGAUGACGCAAGACAACAAUUUCUGCGUAUAUUGAGAGCACUUCCUUAUGGGUAUUCUGUUUUUUUCAACGUUCGCAAAAUUGAUGAUCCUAUUGGUCUCUUGCCUGGACGAAUAAUAAUUGGAAUCAAUAAAAGAGGGAUUCAUUUUUUCCGUCCAGUUCCUAAGGAAUAUUUGCACUCAGCUGAGUUGAGAGACAUAAUGCAAUUCGGAAGCAGCAACACUGCAGUCUUUUUUAAAAUGCGAGUAGCCGGUGUUCUUCACAUAUUCCAGUUUGAAACCAAGCAGGGGGAAGAAAUUUGCGUAGCUCUUCAGACACAUAUAAACGAUGUAAUGCUGCGGCGCUAUUCGAAAGCACGGUCUUCUAGUGGUGGUAGUUCUUUGAAUGGAGAUGUUUCUAAUAAUUCAAAGCCUCCUAAUUUAGAAUCACAUGAGAAACGCAUUCAAGAUUUAUCAAAACUUGUUGAAGAAUCUCAAAGAAAUGCUGAUCAAUUGAAUAAAGAAUUGCGUGAGAAGCAAGAACAGGAAGAAAAAAUGCAAGAACAAUUAGAGGGUUUGAAGGAAUCCUUAAAAGCUAACGAGCAAAAUCUUAAGGCCGUUACAAGUGACUGCGAAAGGCUUAGGUCAUUAUGCAAUAAAAAAGAUCAGGCGCUACAGGUUAUAGGGAACAAUUCAAAAAAGGAUCUUGUUGAAACAAAUAACCAAGUACUACAAAAGCUUAAAUAUGAGCUAAAAAAUUGUAAAGAUGAACUGUUUUCAGCCGAACAAACUAUCAAAACCUUGACAAGUGAAAAAAUGAUUUUGGAACAGAAGCUAUCUGUGCUUGAGAAGAGGAACACUGAAGAGAGUAGUUCCCUUCAACGGAAAUUUGAGCAAGAGCGCAAAGCUGUGAAGUCUGAAGUAUACAACCUUGAAAGAAAGCUAGAAGGGUAUAGACAAGAAUUAAUGACUGCUAAGUCUAUUAUUUCAGUCAAGGACACCGAGUUGGCUGCAUUGCAAAAUAAUUUCAAGGAAUUGGAAGAAUUGCGAGAAAUGAAAGAGGACAUUGAUAGAAAGAAUGAACAGACAGCUGCCAUAUUGAAGAUGCAAGGGGCUCAGCUAGCCGAAAUGGAAGCUCUUUAUAAGGAAGAACAAGUUUUAAGGAAGCGUUAUUUUAAUGUAAUAGAAGACAUGAAAGGCAAGAUUCGAGUUUAUUGUCGGCUAAGACCUCUCAGUGAAAAAGAGAUUCUUGAGAAGGAAAGAGAAGCCGUUACUGCAGCUGACGAGUUUACUGUGGAGUUUCUAUGGAAAGAUGAUAAGCCGAAGCAGUACAUAUAUGAUCGUGUUUUUGGCAGUGAUGCAAGUCAAGAAAGUGUAUUUGAGGAUACCAGGUAUUUGGUGCAAUCUGCUGUAGAUGGUUUUAAUGUGUGCAUAUUUGCUUAUGGUCAAACUGGCUCUGGAAAGACGUUUACAAUCUAUGGAUCUGAAGAUAAUCAUGGGCUUACCCCUCGUGCAAUUGGUGAACUUUUUAGAAUUUUACAGAGAGAUGGUAAAAAGUAUUCCUUUUCAUUGAAGGCAUACAUGGUCGAAUUAUAUCAAGAUACCCUAAUAGAUCUUCUGUUAACUAGGAAUGCAAAGCAUUCAAGAUUAGAUAUCAAGAAGGAUUCAACGGGAAUGGUUGUUGUGGAAAAUGUGACGGUGAUGUCAAUUUCUACAAUUGAAGAAUUGAAUAAUAUAAUACAAAAGGGAUCUGAACGUCGACAUAUAUCAGGGACACAAAUGAAUGAAGAAAGUUCAAGAUCUCAUCUCAUUCUUUCAAUAGUAAUUGAAAGCACCAACCUUCAAAGCCAAUCAGUUGCAAGGGGAAAGCUGAGUUUUGUUGAUCUUGCCGGUUCAGAAAGAGUGAAAAAGUCAGGUUCUAUGGGUAGUCAGCUGAAGGAAGCACAGAGUAUUAACAAAUCAUUAUCAGCACUUGGAGAUGUUAUAAGUGCUUUGUCUUCUGGCGGUCAACACACACCUUAUAGGAAUCACAAGUUAACAAUGUUGAUGAGUGAUUCACUUGGUGGUAAUGCCAAAACUCUCAUGUUUGUCAAUGUUUCUCCAAUAGAAUCAAGCUUGGAUGAGACUCAUAACUCUCUCACGUACGCUUCAAGAGUGAGAUCAAUUGUGAACGACCCUAACAAAAAUGUUAGUUCAAAAGAAGUAGCGCGAUUAAAGAAGUUGGUUGCAUAUUGGAAACAACAAGCUGGCAGAGGAAUUGAGUAUGAAGAUUUAGAAGAAAUUCAAGAAGAACGAUCACCUAAAGGUAGACCAGAUAGUCAUGGUAGCUCUAGAUCUAGUCUAGGUGGUAAAUAGGAGCAUACAAAUAGCCACCAAUGCACUGGAUCAACCAUUUGCACAAUUUUCUUCUAUAAAUGUACUAUCAUCAAUCAAUUUACUUGAUCAAACAGGUUGGAUAUAUAUUGUAAUUUUGGUUUAGAGGGAUCUAAGAUGUAUAGUUGAAUUUUGUAUAUAGUAUUAAUCUUUCUUACUCA